AUGGGUGCAUACAAGUACAUGCAAGAGAUUUGGCGUCACAAGCAGUCGGAUGUGAUGCGCUUCCUGCUGCGCGUCCGCACCUGGCAGUACCGCCAACUGAACGUCGUCCACCGGUGCCCUCGCCCGACUCGUCCCGAGAAGGCUCGCCGUCUGGGAUACAAGGCCAAGCAGGGCGUCCUCGUCUACCGCAUCCGAAUCCGCCGUGGUGGUCGCAAGCGCCAGGCUCCCAAGGGUGCCACUUAUGGUAAGCCCAAGAACCACGGUGUGAACGAGCUGAAGCCCAAGCGAAACCACCAGGCUAUCGCUGAGGAGCGUGUUGGUCGUCGUGUGGCCAAGGCCCUGCGAAUCCUCGGCUCCUACUGGGUUGGCCAGGACUCCACCUUCAAGUUCUACGAGGUCAUCUGCAUCGAUCCCUUCCACAAGGCAAUCCGUCGCGACCCCAAAAUCAACUGGAUCUGCGCCGCUGUGCAGAAGCACCGAGAACUGCGCGGCCUGACCAGCGCCGGCAAGAAGCACCGUGGUCUGCGAGGAUCUGGUGUUGGCUAUUCGAAGACCAUUGGCGGCUCUCGUCGUGGCAACUGGCGCAGACGCAACAUCCUCCAGCUCCGCCGAAAGCGUUAA